GAACACAAGCAUGAUUAGUAUGAAUAUGAAAUAAGAAAGGCCCCACUCUCACUGAAGGGUCUUGCCCUCCUUGCCUAUAAAUAGGUAAUGGUUUGUGUGCAUUGUACAAGCCCGAGUAAGAAAGAACAGUGCCGAUGAGAUAAAGAGAGAGAGAGAGAGAGAGAGAGAAAUUCCGAGAGAGUUUUCUUACCAUUGUAGUGCAUCAAGGAUAAAUGGCAAGAGGAGUUAAUUGUAUUGCUCCAAAAACCAUCAUGAACCUUAUUAUGCUCAUUUCGGUUCUCUGCUUAUGCACCAAAUCAGUCGAAGUUGAAGCACAAGCUUCGCGUCUGCCUGCUGCAGAAGUGGAAGCACUAAAAGAAAUAGCAACACAAGUGGGAAAAAAAGACUGGAACUUCAGCAUAGAUCCAUGCAGCAAGGACACAAAUUGGAAUACCCCAGAAUCUGCUGACUCUCUAUACAGCAACAUUCUCAUAUGCAGCUGCACCUACCCCGAUGGUUUCUGCCAUGUUGUCAGCAUUUCUCUUCAAGGGCAAGAUCUUGCUGGUGUAGUUCCACCAUCUGCUGCAAAGUUACCCUACCUAACAACAGUACGUUUUACCAGGAACUACCUUAACGGUACUAUACCGCGUGAAUGGGCUUCUACAAAGUUGAAAUAUCUGUCCGUCGAUGUGAACAAUUUAUCAGGACCAAUCCCUGGCUACUUGGGAAACAUAAGCACCCUAACACAUAUAAGCUUGAAAAAUAAUUACUUUUCUGGAACUGUUCCUCCUGAGCUUGGGAAAUUGGUUAACUUGAACAAUCUCAUUCUUAGUGCAAACAAUCUCACAGGAAAGUUGCCACUGGCUCUUACUAAUCUGACUAAGUUAACAGAACUUACGAUUAGCAGUAACAACUUCACAGGAGGAAUACCUGAUUUUAUUCAAAGCUGGAAGCAACUUCAGAAAUUAGAGAUCCAAGCUAGUGGUCUCCAAGGGCCCAUUCCGUCUAGCAUUUCUGCCUUGAGUAAUUUAACAGAGCUAAGGAUCAGUGACAUAAAUGGACCGGGUUCAGAAUUUCCACCUUUGAGUAGUAUGACAGGCAUGGAAAAAUUAAUGCUGAGGAGCUGUAACUUAUCUGGACGCAUCCCCGCUUAUAUAUCAGCAAUGACAAGCUUGAAAAUAUUAGAUCUCAGCUUCAACAGAUUGGAAGGAGACAUUCCUGAUUUAGCAGCUCUGAAAAAUUUGGAAUACUUGUAUCUAACAAGCAAUUUGCUCACUGGAUCUAUUCCAAACUGGAUCAACAGCAGAGAAUACCAGAUAGAUGUUUCUUACAAUAAUUUUUAUCCGAGCUCUGAGCCAGCUUGUGGUAGAGAAACCCUGAACUUCUUCAAAAGCUUUUCUGCACGAGACAACUCUACUUAUAGAUCAUUUGGAGAGUGCCUGAGCAGCUAUCCUUGUCCAAAAGAUCGGUACUCAUUACAUAUAAAUUGUGGUGGAAAGGCAACCACCAUUGGAGGAAUUAACUUUGAAGGGGAUCCAGACCUAGGAGGUGCAGCAAAAUUUGUUCCUGUGAGACCUAUCUGGGGAAUCAGUACUACUGGACAUUUCUGGGAUGCUAACCCCACCUCUAAUGACUACAUAGCAAAUAAUGCAUCCACACUUGGAAUGAACAACUCUGAGUUGUACACAAGUGCACGCCUAUCUCCUCUUUCUCUCACGUAUUAUGCACGCUGUUUCGGAAAUGGAAACUAUACUGUGAGACUUCACUUUUCGGAGAUAAUAAUCCGAGGCAAUAGAUCUUUUUACAGUCUUGGAAGACGGAUGUUUGAUGUCUAUAUUCAGGAGAAACUCGUGUGGAAGGAUUUUGACAUUGAAAAGGAAGCACAAGGGGUUGAUAAGGAAGUCAUUAAGGACUUUAAAGCAGUUGAGGUUAAGAACAAAACUUUAGAGAUCCGAUUUCAUUGGUCUGGGAAAGGGACAACAACUGCUCCAAAGAAAGGAACAUAUGGUCCUCUUAUAUCAGCUAUCUCUCUAGAGUCUGAGUUCACGCCUCCUCAUGAUAAGAAAAGCAAGGUACCUAUUGUGGUGGGAGCUUCGGUUGGAGCUUCGGUUUUGUGCCUCAUUUUCUUGAUUUUAGGCAUUCUUUGGUGGAAAGGCAGUCUGGAUAGCAAGACAUCAAGGGAAAAAGCUCUUAGAGAACUGGAUCUGCAAACUGGUUUUUUCACCUUCAAGCAAAUUAAAGCCGCCACUAAUAACUUUGAUCCUAUAAACAAAAUCGGGGAAGGCGGUUUUGGAUCUGUCUACAAGGGUUUAUUAUUGGAUGGUACUAUAAUUGCAGUUAAGCAACUAUCAUCCAAAUCAAAGCAAGGAAAUCGGGAAUUUGUGAAUGAAAUAGGCAUGAUUUCUGGUUUACGACAUCCAAAUCUUGUUAGAUUGUAUGGAUGCUGUGUUGAAUCAAACCAGUUACUGUUGGUAUAUGAAUACAUGGAAAACAACAGCCUUGCACGUGCUUUGUUCGUUCCGGAGGAAAGUCCUUUAAAAUUGGACUGGUCUACAAGGCAGAAAAUAUGCAUAGGCAUAGCAAGAGGUCUGGCUUUUUUGCAUGAGGAAUCAGCACUGAAGAUUGUACAUAGAGACAUUAAAACUACAAAUAUAUUACUAGACCGAGACCUUAACUCCAAGAUAUCGGACUUCGGGUUGGCCAAGCUUGACGAAGAGGAGAACACCCACAUUAGCACUAGAAUUGCUGGAACUAUAGGAUAUAUGGCGCCAGAAUAUGCACUAUGGGGUUAUUUGACCUACAAAGCAGAUGUCUACAGCUUUGGUGUUGUUGCAUUGGAAAUUGUUGCUGGAAAGAACAACAUGAAAUAUCGACCAAAUGAGAACUUUGUAUGCCUUGUGGAUUGGGCUCUUGUUUUACAACAAAAAGGGGAAUUAUUGGAGCUGGUGGAUCCAAGAUUGGGGUCCGAUGUGAGUGAGGAAGAGGCCAUUAGGAUGAUUAAAGUUGCUCUCUUAUGCAUCAAUGCAGCACCAGCGCUUAGGCCUACCAUGUCUGCAGUAGUGAGUAUGCUUGAAGGGCGUACGGCUGUUCAUGAAUUGGUCACGGAUCCAAGUACUUACGGUGAUGAACUGAGGCUAACAGCCUUGACAAACCAGUUUGAUCACAGUUCAUCACAGAAUCCAAGUGAAACUCAGAGCCUUAUUCCUUCAUCAUCAGAUGCACCACGGAUUGGUUCUUCUGCUACUACUACGUCUUCUGAUCUCUAUAAAAUCAAUCCCAGUACCAGUUCUUGCUAAUGUAAAUACUAGGACUCAAGAUUUCACGUUGGGAAAAUAGCAUAUCCUAGAGUGGUUUAUGAGCUCUUAAACAUUAUUUUCUCACAAGUAGGUUUUUAGAGACAAGUUCUACCCAUGAAAUCUUCACAAUAAACAUUUCUUCGCGCUUAACUACGCAAAUGCUGGUGUAAUGAUAAACAAACUAGCAGUCGUACGUAUCUUUUCAAA